AUGAUUAGUGGAACUCUGGUGGCUCCAGGUGACAAAGUUCUUGAUGGAAUCGGCGAUUAUAAAAUGGGAAAUGGAUUGUACGAAGCGAAUCGAAGAGUCUAUGCAUCUGUAACGGGAUAUGUAAAUGUUUAUGGAUUCAGAGAUAAAACUGAUAAUCUCGUUCAAGUGAUCGAAGUAAGACGAAGUGAGAAUCAACUCGACAACGAACUUCUUCCGUUCAACGGAGCUGUUGUAACUGCUAAAGUAAUGGCUGUUGGGUUGAGAUUUGCAAAGUGCGAUAUUAUCAGUAUCGGAGACAAAGUGUACAAGAAACGAUUUUCAGCGUUGUUGCCGAAGAAAAAGUUGCGACCGCUAGAACCUGAAUUGAGUGAACCAUUCAAAAACUUCGUUCGUCCCAACGACUACAUUCUUGCGAAAGUGUGUGACGAUGCAGGAAUCAAAGAUAAAUUUGUAUUAUCAAUUGCCGAAGACGAGUUAGGAGUUGUGUUAUGCCGAGGAAAGUACGGUGAACCUAUGCAAAAAGUGGAUUGGAAUACAGUUGUCUCGACAAGAACCGGCAGAACAGAAUUGAGGAAAAUGGCAAAAGUCCCACAAAAGUGUAUGCUGCCAUCAUAUUCUAAUCAGACUGAUUCAGCGGCAUAA